CCUGUACAGCUACUAGGUACGUGACCGCACGGAACGUAAAUCUCCUAACCCUUGUGGUCAACCGGCAGGACAAGCAAACUUUCAACGUUCUCGAUCACCAACUUUCUUCCCUCCUGAUGUCACUUCAAGUUCAAGUUCAACGAGUCCUGAUCUUCUUUCUAGUUUUCACAUUCCGGGUUCCUCUCCAUCUAGGGGUUGCAAUUUCUCCUGCAACGUCAGGCCCUCUUCUUGAAAAGCAAGUGCUCAGUAAACCUUUUGGAGACGCAGCAAACAACCACCACUCCGCUCAAUGCGCCCCGGAGCGUGUCCUUUAUAUUGUUAAGUCAUUUCGGUUGACCACCUCCACCCUUGCCGCGCUGAAUCAGGCAUCGCUGAGCUCACCACUGUGUCAUCGUCCCCCGAUGAAUCCUGCGACCACCGCUCGGGCGCUAGGAAGGGGGCACUCGUGGCCCAGGACAAACUGCCCCCGGCAGCCCCAGUUGCUUACCCAAACAGCAUCACCUCUCAGAGUCCCUUCCCGCAAGCUCCGCACAUGGACUGACUGCGUCUCAGGGCUCUCCCUCCGUCCGUACACCAAAACCUCUAAAACAACCCUCCCCGCCACCCCCCCGAAAAAGAUUGUCUGCAUGCGCCGGUCCGCCAAGCGGCGGAAGCGCGAGAACGAGGCCAAGAUGAAGAUCAUCGUCGCAGAGCAGCGUGCGAAACGAUCGGCGGAGAUCGCGGCUGCCCGGCAGGCAGAACUAGAGCGGCGCAUGGCCCCUCCAAAGCCGAAGCGGCCCCCCGUCCAGCGCAAACUUUCGGAUCUCGCACGCGUGGCGGUCGACCAUAUCUUGGCCACCGAAGGGGGGGGGCAGCCAGUGGCGCAAGCGUGCAGAAUUUUCGAGGACACGGUGGAUCUUCUGGGGUGGGAGGGGGUGAUAAAAGAGUUGGCCGCGCAAGGGCGGCUUGAUCUCUCUCUGGGGGUGUUCCGGUGGCUGGAGACGCACCCGCUGCUGACCCCCCCGGACCGACUGCGCAGCGUGAUGAUCACUCUCGCCGGGCGGGAGGGGAGAUUGGAUCUAGGGUUCGAGCUCCUCGAAAGCGCGAAUGGGACCCCGGGUUUGGAGUGCUUUGUCGCGCUAGCGAAAACGUGCGCGAGAGUUGGGACGAUCGAGCAGGUGUUAGCGCUGUUUAAUAAGAUGGGGGAGGCAGGUUUCGAGCUGAAAGUGGACUCGUACAACCAGGUGUUGGAGGAACUAGUGGUGGCGAGGAAACCGCUGCUACAGUGCCUGCGGCUGUUUGCGCACAUGCAGCAGGAGAACGUGGCGCCGAAGCGGGUCACGUACACGAUGCUCGUGACGGCGUGCCAUUCUGGGGGGUCCAUCAAGGACGCAUACGCGAUCUUCGAGGGCCUGGAAGCCGCGCGCUGGGACCCCGACAUCAAGGCCUUCAACGCGCUGCUCUACGUCUGCAUCCUCUACCGCGACUUCAAGGAGGCGCGCCGCGUCUUUUGGCGCAUGCGCGAGACGAAGCGCAUCUCCUUCAACCCGAAAAGUUACGAGCUCAUCACCCGGCUGUGCACGGACGCGGGGUGGGGGUUUAAGGAGCUGUUAGGGCCGGGUUACUACGACGACGCGAUGGGUUUGUACAGAGAGAUGCAGACGGGCGAGCGAUGGCCGACACUCGCGCUGUACGAGGAGCUGCUGCGGCUGAUGGGCGCGUGCAAUAACUACGGGCUCGCCGCACAGUAUUACAAGGACCUGCGCGAGGGCGCCAAACUCGAGGCUUCUUCGGCCGUUUAUGACGCACUCGUAAACGUGGAUUACCGGGGGGAUCCCCAGAACCCGGUGCGGCUGCUCGAGGCGUUUCGGGGGAUACGCUAUACUCCCGACCUGGCGUUUUUCGAGGGGAUGCUGGGGGGUUAUGCGCGCGUGGGGGCGUGGCAGGACGCGUGGUUGUUGCUCACGGUCAUGCCCGCGAACGGGUGCACCCCCACACCGGAAAUGUUUGAUGAGGUCAGUGGGCUGUUGACGGCGGCCGGGGGGGAUGAUUUGGCGGAGCAGGUGCGGGGGGCGUUGGAGAAGAUGCGGGCGGAGUGCGAAGUGGGGGGGCAGGAAGAGGGGGCAGCGGGGCCCGGUACGAGUCAGGAUGAAUUUGAUGGAGCCUUGAGCGAUACAAGGGAGGGGGUUGAGCUUGGAACCAGUGCAGCUGGGGGGGCGGAACGCGCGGAGGCGGAAAGGGAACGAAUCGACCUUCUGGGGGAAGGGCUUGAAAGAACCGAAGCGAAUAGGGAGGACAGUAUCCCCGAAGAGAUUGAGGGCAGAUUUGUCAACGACGGCAAAAACUCUGACGAGCGAACAUGGGCAUCAAGUCGGGUAGGCACGAACUUCGUCGGAGGAGAAAGCACAAAGGAGCCGGAACGAGUUGGGGCUGGAAGCUAGCAACAGAGCUGCCAGGUAACUUGACAGUGACUCCUGUAUCAAGUAGGCAGAAACUUGAAAGUGACCUUCGCAAAUGCACUCUGCUUGUUCCGGAUGACGCACUUUCAUCGAGCCUUGGCUCAGGGUGCAUAAUUGAAAGCCAGUGACCAUCAAGUCCGGUUGGCAUGAAAAGUUGCCAGCACUCUGCUCGAUCCGCG